GAGGAAGAGAGAAAGUGCAGUGCAGGUUUGUUUGUUUGGGUUGGGAUAUUAUUUAUUAAUAAUAAAUAAAUGUUAAUUAAUUAAGGUUUUUGUAAUAAUUAGAAACAAAAAAAUAUAAAUAAAUAAAUAAAAUAGGUUUGCUUAAUAAUCAUUUUUCCUUGAGUUUGGAGGCUUUUGCCGGACGAGACAACUCACCAGUUGUUGCGGCUCUCUCAAGUGACACUCACAAAAAAGAAAAGAUUUUUAGAGGCUUUUACUUUUUAGUGAGAGAAAGAUUGAGUCUUUAGAGAGAGAAAGAGAGAGAUUUGCUACUAGUGCUACCACCAUUGUUUUCUUCUGAUUUACCCAUGUUGUUGUUGUUGCUGCUGCUGCUGAAGUGGCUGUUAGUGCUGUCUCCUAAUUUUCUCCAGAUUUCUUCUUCUUCUCCAGGAGGACUUUGACCACUGCAUCUGCCUACAAAGGUUCUUUGUUGUAACAUCUACGGUCUCUUAACACAGCUAGAUGGGUUCUCGAUUCCCAUCUCAUCAGCUCAGCAAUGGCCUUUAUGUAUCAGGCAGGCCUGAGCAGCCUAAGGAAAGGACUCCAACAAUGAGCUCCGUGGCCAUGCCAUAUACUGGUGGUGACAUCAAGAAGUCAGGAGAAUUAGGUAAAAUGUUUGAUAUUCCUGUAGAUGGCUCAAAGUCUAGGAAAUCAGGACCUAUAACUGGUGCUCCUUCAAGGACUGGAUCAUUUGGAGGUACUGCUUCACAUUCAGGACCAAUCAUGCCUAAUGCAGCAGCUCGGGCUGCCUACACCACAUCAGGUGUUGCAUCUUCUGGAGGUGUGUCUGGUUCCACUUCAUUAAAGAAAUCGAAUUCUGGACCCUUGAAUAGACAUGGAGAUCCUGUGAAGAAGUCAUCUGGCCCUCAGUCUGGUGGAGUAACUCCCUCUGGACGCCAAAACUCUGGCCCCCUUCCUCCUGUCCUUCCUGCAACUGGCCUCAUUACAUCUGGGCCUAUUUCUUCAGGUCCACUAAACUCAUCUGGGGCACCUCGGAAAGUGUCUGGUCCUUUAGAAUCUAUGGGAUCAAUGAAAGUUCCCGGCUCUGCUGUUGUUCACAAUCAAGCUGUAACUGUACUUAGCCAAGAAGAUGAUUUUUCUUUCAGAAAGAACUUCCCAAAGCCAAUAUUGUGGUCACUCAUUCUACUUUUCGUCAUGGGUUUCAUUGCUGGUGGUUUUAUACUCGGAGCAGUGCACAAUGCCAUUCUCCUCAUUGUUGUUGUGGUUCUUUUUGGUGCUGUUGCUGGUUUAUUUAUAUGGAAUACCUUCUUCGGGAGAAGGGCUAUCAUGGCUUUCAUUGCUCGAUAUCCAGAUGCUGAGUUACGAAAUGCCAAGAAUGGUCAAUUUGUGAAGAUAUCUGGGGUGGUCACCUGUGGUAAUGUUCCUCUUGAGUCGUCCUUUCAAAAGGUUCCUAGAUGUGUAUAUACAUCAACAAGUUUGUACGAGUAUCGAGGAUGGGAUUCAAAAGCAGCCAACCCAACACAUCGUCGCUUUACUUGGGGACUGAGAUCAUUAGAAAGGCGUGCAGUUGACUUCUACAUCUCUGAUUUUCAAUCUGGGCUGAGAGCAUUGGUUAAAACUGGUUAUGGAGCACGGGUGACUCCUUAUGUCGAUGACUCCCUCAUCAUUGAUGUCAACCCAAGUACUGAAGAGUUGUCUCCAGAGUUCAUUAGGUGGUUGGGAGAGAGGAAUCUUUCAAGAGAUGAUCGAAUAAUGCGAAUGAAAGAAGGGUAUAUCAAGGAAGGAAGCACAGUUAGUGUAAUGGGAGUCGUUCAAAGGAAUGAGAAUGUGCUUAUGAUUGUCCCACCUCCAGAGCCAAUUACAACAGGUUGCCAAUGGGCCAAAUGUAUUUUUCCGGCAAGCCUGGAGGGUAUUGUUUUGAGAUGUGAAGACACCUCGAAGAAUGAUGUCAUACCAGUGUAAUAAUGUGUUGUAGACUUACACUAUACCUUUCUCUUAUUCUUUCUAUUCACUAUUAAUAUUGAUGGCGGUUGAGAUGGUAACGGUGGUGGCGGUGGUGGUAUUGACAAGUAACGGUAGUGGUGAUUGCGAGGAGGGCAGAGGUGUUUUCCCUUUUCCUUUUCUUUCUUUCUUUCUUUUUUUUUGUCCGAUUGUAUAGUUUUGGUGUUUGGUGCCAUUUCAUUUUAUUUUAUUUUUUUACCUAGGUCUCGAAGGCUUUUGUAAUGGGGUGGCUUGAUAUUUUAGGGUAUGUUACAUGUUUGAGCAGAUUGCGGUUAUGCUAAAUAGAAAGAAAAUUGUUGUGAGCUAUUCA